AUGCUACUCAAAUUUAAACAAAUUUGUGACAUUGAUGUUCUUCGUUUAAAGCCUAUUUAUUGCCGCCGAUUUGCAAGUGGAGGAGGACACGGACAUGGGGACGAUGAUGAUGUAAAAAUGGAAAAACAACCUGAUCAUUACCGACCUGGAACUGAUACUUUUGCUUAUGAAAAUCCAUGGCCAAAAUUAAACAAAGGCAGGCUUGACUGGCUUUUCAAUGAUGGAUGGCGAAGGCCUUUACCUGCUGAUCAAGGCGGUUAUAUGCGUCGUUCCUGGAUCUGGCGUGGACAUGUUGCUUCAGACGAAUACAAGGAUUGGUUGCGAUUCCAUAAAUAUAUGUUCAUUCUUGGUACGUGUAUCACUGUUUGGCUUGGCGUUUUUAUUGGUUUAUGGAUGAAGCCUGACUGGCCGGUGGGUAGAGACUGGGCUAGACGCGAAGCUCAUUUAGAACUUACUCGUCGUGAACGUGCUGGCCUUCCUUUAGUCAGUCCUGACUUGAUAGAACGUUCUCGUGUAGAAGCAAGCCUGCCUUCUGAGGAAGAACUUCGAGAUUUUGAUAUUCUUAUUUAG